AUGCAAUAUUGUCGAGGUGAACAGAACCUUGUCAAUCAUCUUAUGUGUCAGCAUCGUAUCAAGAUGCCAUUUCCAUUGAUGUGUAUAAAUUUCCGGCCAUCAAAACGAUUUAUCCAAGUCUGUCGUAUUGGAAUAUUCCAAUUCAUAUUGAUCAAACCAUUGUUAUCAAUCGUUGACUUGGUAUUGGUUUAUACUCAUAGGAAUAAGAUUGCACAUAUUGAUCUGAUAUUAAGAUUGAUAAUAUUGGCAUCUGGAUGUGUUGCCAUGUAUCUACUUACAUUCUUCUAUCUAUUGGGACGACAAGAAAUGAGUCCAUACCGUCCACUACUCAAAUUCCUUUCAAUCAAGAUUGUAAUGUUUCUUGGCUUCUGGCAGAACUUGGUUAUCCUCCUUCUCUUCAAGUUUGACAUCAUACCAACAUUCCUUGGCGAGCAUACAAAUGCUAGACUUGCAAAUGCGCUGUUAGUUAUAGAGAUGUGUGGAGUGUCUAUACUGCACUUGUACUCGUUCCCCUAUGACAUGUAUCAGAUCAAGUCAUUUAGUACUGCUCCAUUGUUGUUGGGCAAGGACAAUGAUGUCAUCAUGCCAACCAUUGCAACAUCAGUUAUGAUAUCAUUGAAACAGGAAGACAUGGUAGUGGAGGUUAAACUGGCCGUGAUAGGUUCAAACGAAGUGAUUGACGUAGUCGACAAGUCAACAUCCACAAUGUUUGAUUCAAUCUCCUCAACAGAUAUAGAAAUGAGUCAGUUUAAAUCACAUCGACCAGAUCUGGAAAGAAACGUACAACUUGAUGAAGUAGUGUUGGACAUCAGCGAUGAAGUGUUCAUGCAGCUGAUAGAGACAGGAAGACAUCAAGAACACUCUGAAAGUGAAGGACUACUAUGUCACCACAUCAAAGAGGAUGAUAUAAGCAGACUGAAAUGUAUAAACAGA